AAUUCGAAAUUUAAUUAAAUUUAAAAAAAAGUUAAUAAAACUAUCUAAAAAUUAAAAAUCCGAAAUAUAGUCAAUUUAUAAAAAAAAAAAUUCACAAAAAUUAUAUUUAAAUCAUAAAAAUUAAUAAAAUUACACUUACUUGUGGUAAUUGUGCAAUGUGGGUUCUUGAUGUAGAAAACCUCAAAAAUCCAAUAAAGAUUACGAGUUUUCAAAUUAUAUCUUCAAAAAACAAAAUCUAUACAAAAAAAUCCAAAAAAACUAUAUAUAAGUUUCAUAAACAUAUAUAAAUCAUUAUUUUAACAUUAAAAUUGAAAGAAAAAAAAUGGUUGAAAACGUACCUAAAUGGGGAGAACCUCGGUUGGGUGCCGCUGGUUUAGGAGAAAAACGGUAUGAAAUUAUGGUUUGAGUGAAAUGGGGCUCGGCUGGGACGAUGAGGGUUUUAUUAUAGGAGACCCAGUUGCGUCAGUGGCCCACUGACGGUAACGGGCGUUUGCGUCAGUGGGGCACUGACGCAAACGGCAAAGUAAAACGUGCGUCAGUGUCCAACUGCCACAAAUGAUAAUUCUUGGUCAACAGCGUCAGUCAACUGCGUUGACUGACGCGUUUGACUGACACAAUUGCCCUUUUUUGUAGUAGUGACAAUGCCUCUUCAAAUGAUGUAGCUUUGAGAAAAGUCAAGGAAUACUUGUCUGAAAAGCAAAAUGCUUUAGUUUUGGGUGGAAAGAUGUUUCAUAUGCGGUGUUGUGCGCAUAUUCUGAACUUGGUUGUUAGUGAUGGUUUAAAAGAAAUGAGUGGGGCCAUUUCUAGCAUAAGGAAUGCAGUUAGAUUUGUGAGAUCUUCACCAGCUAGGUUGAAGAGGUUCAAAGAAGCAUGUAAAGAUGUAAAUGUUGAAUCGAAAGCUUUAUUAUGUUUAGAUGUGGUGACAAGGUGGAACUCCACCUACAUGAUGCUAGAGGUUGCAUUGAAGUUUAAGAAAGCUUUUAGGUAUUUGGAAGGGGAUGCAAAUUACACAAAGUAUUUUGAAGAAGAAAGAGUAAAUGGAGAAAAAGUGGAUGGCCCACCAGACAAUACUGAUUGGACUAAUGCAGAAGUAUUUUUUAAGUUUCUCAAGGCAUUUUAUGAGCUUACUUUGAAGUUCAGUGGGUCAUUGUAUGUCACAUCAAAUCUUUUCUUCCAAGAGAUUCUUGAAGUUCAAGUUGAGUUGAAUGAUAUGAAUAGUAGUACAGAUGAGUUGAUGAGUAAAAUGGCGGGGAGCAUGCAGUUGAAGUUUGACAAAUAUUGGGCAAUGUUGAGAAGAUUAACUUGUUGCAAUAUAUUGCCUCUAUUUUGGAUCCAAGAUUCAAAUUGGAUGUUGUUCAUAACGGUUUCAGGUAUCUCUAUGAUCCCAUUCGAGCUGAAAAAAUGAUAAAGAAAGUUGAGAAUAUGAUGACUAGCUUGUAUGCAUUUUAUAAGGACAUUGUUGUGCCACCUAGUUCCUCUAAUGAUCAACAAGCAAGUGAAAGUGUCACUUCCUAUGCAAGUGGAAGUUCUAGUAGCUCAUCAUUUCUUAUUAAGCGAAGGUUUAUUUCGAGUGAAGUAACCAGCAAUGAUUUGGAGGAUUAUUACGCAGAUCGAAAGGAAAAGUUAGUUGAGGGUACGAAUUUUGACAUUCUAGAUUGGUGGCAGAGGAAAGGAAACAAGUAUCCUAUUAUGUCUCAUAUUUCAAGAGAUGUUCUGGUUGUUCAAAUGUCUACAGUUGCCCUUGAAUCAGCUUUUUCAACUAGAGGACAGAUUCUCGAUCCAUUUAGAAGCUCUUUGUCUCCAAAGAUGGUCGAGGCUUUAAUUUUCUCAAAGAAUUGGUUGACUUGUGAAUAUGAUGCUCCUGUUGUGUUGAGAUAAUACAUGGACAAAAUCAAAGGUUUGGAGACAUCCGAGCAAGUUGAGUCAGAGGAAUCAUGUAUUACAAACACAGGAACUGAGACUACUACUACUGCUACUCCUAGUACUUUAUGAGCCCUUUGAUGGAGAAAUCAUGAGAUGAUUGUUGGAUACUUGAUUGGCCUUAUCUUUUUAUAUUUGUAUUUGAACUUUGAAGUUUUAACGUGGUUGUAUGAUUUGUGAUGUUUCAUGGUUGGACUAUUUUGUAUUUGAAGUUUGGACUAGGUGUGUAAUGUUUUACGGUGGUUGAUGUAAUUGUAUUUGGACUUUGGUUUGUAAUUGUACUUUAGACUAUAUUGAUUUUCCUUUUCAUUUUAAGGAUAUAUGUUUGUUACUUUGUUUAAUACUUUUAAUGUUGAUGCAAUUAUU